GUAGAUGUAACGAACCCGUUCAGUUGGAAUCGUGCCGAUGAGCUGAACGAGAUGUCACUAGCACAAUGGAUUCGGCAGAACGUGAACGGUCGCACCGCCAGAGAUGCACUGGAAAUCGCCGCUCGAGCCACAUACGGUGUAGAACCAAGCAGGCAAGUUCGAUAUUCACACAGUGGCAAUAAAGACAGAAUUCUGGAUGACGAUAUUUAUCAAUGUGACUUCGAUCAGAAAGUGAACAUGCUAUAUCAUCUCACACUUUGUAAAUGCACAGGGACAUUCGCUAAUUUGUUCGACGUUAGUGGUGGUGGUGGUGGAGUUCAAGCCAUGCGAGUGCAGGGUGGAACAGAGCAAAUCUCUAAACGGCUUGCCGAGGAAAUAGGCAAAGACAAAAUCGUUCUCCAUCGAGUAGUGGAACGAUUCGAAGUGGACGAAUCUAACGGUAUCACGAGGGUCCAUACCCAUUCGACUAAUGCGCCAUACGACAAGAUCAUAUACAGUUGCUCACAAGUCAUCUGUGCUGUUCCACUGAACCAGUGUGCAAAGAUAUCCUUCUCCCCUCCAUUGCCCUAUCUUAAGCAACGUCUCUUCGAGUCAGCCAUGCCUGGAAACUUGAUCAAAUUCCUAGUCACAUUUGAAACGGCUUUCUGGAGAGAAGAAGGUUGGUCCGGAGAAGUGAUCAGUACUGGUCGUACAACGUCUCCAAAUGAGGUGCUCCCAAUUAUUUGCACCUACGACUUCACUUCGAGCUCUGGGAUCCCGGCUAUGAUAGGUUUCAUGAGCGAAGAAUACUCAGACAUGACCAAAGAGGAUCGCUGUAACGCAGUCGUUCGUGAUUUGAUGCGAGUUUUCGGUGAACGAGCCAUGGUUCAGUUUUUAGACUAUGAGGAAAAGUUAUGGAGUAAGGAACCGUAUAUUGCUGGAGCUCCGAGCAUUUUUAUGCCCUGUGGAACGAUGGACUCAUGGCUGGUGAGACGUGAACCAUUCAUGACCAUUCAUUUUGCCGGAGCAGAAACUGCCACAAAAUGGAUCGGUUGGAUGGAAGGAGCCGUCGAAAGCAGUCUUCGAACAGUUCAUGAAGUUUUCCAUCAACUCGGAUAUUACGAUAAGAUCAGUUACACUCUUCUGAAGGGUUCAGUAUAUGAUAGCGAUUACAAGCAGCCCCUUGUGACCUCGAAACACUACGUGGAGAGGAUACCAUACUGGCGACGAGGAAUUUUCUUCUUCACGGUGCUGUGCUUGGGAAUUCUUGUGUACAGCAAAAAGUACAAAUUAUCUUAUACAGCAAGAGCCAUGAAGCCUCUGGAGAAAGCAGUUGUCAAGUUCUCCACCGGUAUGGACUGGCCGUAG